AUGAUAAAGUUACAGCUUGUUGUCACUGAGAUCUUAAACAUAUUUAGAGGUCUCUAUCCUCGAUCGUGGACGUGUUAUGACAUUCGAGAACUAGAUUUGACGGUAGUUAUUCGGCAAGUUUCACCAGUGCUGCCUAACAAUUAUGAGGACUCCAGUCUACCUGUUAGCUGUUUUGUUGUGACUGUUGAGAAUAAUAGCGGUACUGACCUGGAAGUAUCGAUUGCUUUCACCUUUCGGAAUGGUACGGGAAAUCGCCGUUGGGAAAACGAGUCUGUGUGCACUUUCGCGAGGUUCACAGAUGGAAAUGGUGACCUUUCUGGAUGUGAAUUUUGA